UAAGUCUACAUAUACUACGUGAUAGUACAUUGAUAGUCAACAAUAUGAUUUGUAUCAAACUCUUUUUGUUCUUCGCUUGUUUAUACAUAGCGGAUGCUGAACGAUGUACUCACGCAACAUAUGGUAGAAUAACGGAUAAGAAAUAUGCGGCUAACGUGAUCCGUAUACCACCAGGAGUAGCAGAUUCAGACAUUACGGUCGACCCAAUGGACAAAUCCAAAUGCCCGAAUGGAAUCGUUGGUUUAGAAGUAAAAGCCUGUGAUGGUGAUGUUCCGGACAUAUUGGCGUUUACAAGUUUAUACAAAUUCGUUGUUCACCGCUACGGCGCUGUCGACGAGUGGUGUGUUGUGACCAUCACAGUAAACUGCUAAAGUCUUAAGCUAAUGUCCGAAUACUCAAACGCUACUCAAUUUUAAGACGCUCUCAAAACUAGUUCUGUCCCUAUCAAUUCUUUAUAAAAUGACAGAGAUAGCACGAUAUUUAAGUACAACUUAAAAUUAAGUAGCAUUUCAGUAUUCGGGCGUAAGUGUGGGAGAGCCAUGCUUCAGCACGAAUGGGCCGGCUCGACCGGAGUGAUACCACGGCCUCACAGAAAACGGACGUGAAACAACGCUUGCGUUGUGUGAGUGAGGUUACCGGAGGCCCAAUUACCCUUCCCAAUCUUCCCAUUCUCCAACAACCCUUAAAUUCCUAAAACCCAAAAGGUAACGCACUUGUAACGCCUCUGGUGUUUCAAGUGUCCAUGGGCGGCGGCGAUUGCUUACCAUCAGGUGAUCCGUCUGCUCGUUUACCGGCUUAUCUAUAAAAAAAAAGGCUUAAACAUACAACUUGACAAGAAAGAGUAUGUAAUAAUCGAGGUCACUAGUAUCGCAUUAAUAAUUUGUAUUGCUUAAUUUUAAAUGGUUAAUGAGGUUGUUUUAAUAAAAUCUGUGAAAAGCGCCUAGAUAAGGUAAGCGUCUACAGGCCCGCAUCGCACGCAUCGGACGGAUCCCACGCAACGCAACAUUUUAGUUUGUCUUGUAUAGAAACUCAUACAACUGCGUCCACUGAUCCGCAUCGUACGGACCGCUCGUCGGCAAUGCCUACAUGCAAUGCGUACCGAUGACGUCAUACGGAAUGCCGAUGCCAAAAAUCCGAGUGAAAGUGAGAUCGGCAAUCCGAUUGCUGAUACUCGCGUCGGCAAUCCGAUCGCUGUCGAUACAGUGGACGCAGUCUGAAAAAAUUAAUGCGUUUGAUGCGAUCCGUCCGAUGCGUGCGAUACGUACGAUGCAGGCCUGUGGCUAAUUACUUACCUUAAGUCUUCAGGACUUUCGAUUUCAAGUUCGAUAUUAUUUUGUUUCUUCCUAUUUGCUGUCUGUAUUCUGUAUUCGUUGUGGUUUUAUUUCAAUAUUACCAAACUGUUAAUAAAGUUUAUACUAAC